CGACUCCGCCGCAGUCUGUCAAAUUCCCGCAGUCGGUCUUUUCGUUCAUGUGUGCUCUCGGUUUGAGGUUUUUCAGUGAACGAGUAGAAAUUCGUACUUAAAUUGCAUAUUUUCCGUGAAAAUCCAGCAAUUUCCACCAGCACAAGCCUCAAAAUGCAACCCCAAAUUGUACUGCUGAAGGAAGGCACCGACACCUCCCAGGGCAAACCGCAGCUCAUCUCCAACAUCAAUGCCUGCCAGUCGAUUGUCGAUGCGGUCCGCACCACGUUGGGCCCGCGCGGCAUGGACAAGCUGAUCGUGGAGAACAACGGCAAGGCGACCAUUUCGAACGACGGUGCCACCAUCAUGAAGCUGCUGGAUAUUGUCCAUCCGGCGGCCAAAACGCUCGUCGACAUUGCCAAGUCGCAGGACGCCGAGGUGGGCGACGGAACGACCAGCGUGGUGCUGCUGGCGGGCGAAUUUCUCAAACAGCUGAAGCCUUUCAUCGAGGAGGGCGUGCAUCCGCGGAUUGCCAUCAAGGCCGUCCGGAAGGCGCUGAACCUGUGCGUGUCGCGCAUCAACGAGCUGGCGUUCAAGAUCGAGAAGCACGACAACGAGAAGCACCGUGCCUUGCUGGAAAAGUGCGCGGCCACGGCGAUGAACUCGAAGCUGAUUCACCAGCAGAAGGACUUUUUCUCGAAGAUGGUCGUCGACGCGGUUACGACGUUGGACGUGUUGCUGCCGUUGAACAUGAUCGGUAUCAAGAAGAUCGCCGGUGGAGCGCUGGAAGAAUCGAUGCUGAUUGAUGGUGUGGCCUUCAAGAAGACCUUCGCGUACGCCGGCUUCGAGAUGCAGCCCAAAUCGUACGAGAACGUCAAGAUUGCGCUGUUGAACAUCGAGCUGGAGCUGAAGGCCGAACGUGACAACGCGGAGGUGCGUGUCGAUAAUGUGGCCGAGUACCAGAAGGUGGUCGAUGCCGAGUGGCAGAUCCUGUACGACAAGCUGGAAAAGAUCUACAAGUCGGGAGCUCAGGUCGUGCUGUCCAAGCUGCCCAUUGGUGACGUCGCAACGCAGUACUUUGCCGACCGGGACAUGUUCUGCGCUGGCCGCGUCCAGGAAGAGGAUCUCAAGCGGACGCUGAAGGCGUGUGGUGGCGCCGUCAUGACUACCGUGACGGACAUUGACGACAAAGUGCUGGGCAAGUGCGCCCACUUCGAGGAGCGACAGGUCGGCGGCGAGCGGUUCAACAUCUUCCAGGGUUGCCCGAACGCGAAAACUUGCACCAUGAUCCUGCGCGGUGGAGCGGAACAGUUCCUGGAGGAGACGGAACGAUCGCUGCAUGACGCCAUCAUGAUCGUGAGGCGUACGAUCCGUAACGAUUCCGUUGUUGCUGGUGGUGGCGCCAUCGAGAUGGAACUGUCCAAGAUGCUGCGUGACUACUCGCGCACCAUCGCCGGCAAGGAGCAGCUGCUGAUUGGGGCGAUCGCCAAGGCGCUGGAAAUCAUUCCCCGACAGCUGUGCGACAACGCCGGCUUCGACGCGACCAACAUUCUGAACAAACUGCGACAGAAGCACGCACAAGGUUGCCAGUGGUACGGCGUGGACAUCCUGAAGGAGCACAUUGCGGACAACUUCGAGGCGUUCGUGUGGGAACCGUCGGUCAUCAAGAUCAACGCGUUGACGGCGGCCUGCGAGGCGACCUGCAUGAUCUUGUCGGUCGACGAAACGAUCAAGAGUCCCAGAUCGGCCGGCGGAGAAAUGCCCCAGGCUCCGAUGGGACGCGGCAUGGGUCGUCCAUUCUAAAUCCUUCGCCCCUCCCAAAAGAACAAAGCUUAGCUUCUCUAGCCCUAACACGACUCACAUCUUUCCCCCUUUUAACCAGCAAGUCAUCCUAGUGCUACUUAUCGACUAAUACUUUGUGCAGUGCACCCAUCGUCGAGUGUUUCUGCAGUGCCUCUCAUACAUUCGUCACUUAAGUUUGAUUUAUUCUACUCAAGCAAGCACGUUGCAUAAAAAGCAAACACUCAUCGAGCAGCAAAUCCAACACAUCAUCUCUGUAUGAAAUGUAUUACAACAAACACACACACACACUAAAAAAGAAGAGAUCAAUAAAGAAACGACAUAAGUCUC